AAUAUUCGCUAAUAAGAAAAUGGCUUCUUUGUGUGCAAAGUGUGGAAUUUCUAAAUAGUUUUAUAGUCUUUCUAGUUAACGUAUUUUCUUUACGCUUUUUUCAUAAAAAAGAAAUACAAUACAAUCAAUAUGUAUUUCACUAAAUAAAACUAUACAACACAAAAAUAAUGCUGGCACUUGUUGGUAACGUCUUGGUCUUCUUGUUCUUUGUCGGUCUCCUCGGUACGCAAGAAGUCGCAAAGCAUUCUUUCUUACAAAUCAAGUUUAUUGAUUAACCAUUGAAUAUUAAGAGUGUGAGAGACGAAUAUUAAAUGCAAUCAAAUUAAAUAGAAUAGAAAUAAAAGGAAUGCUGCCGUUGCUUUUGUUCUCAGUGACUUCUUGGUUGGAUUUUAUUUCAUUUGAUUUGCAUUUGGAUUACUUUGCUUUGGCUCCUGCUGCGGACUCGAAUUCGGCUUUAACAUUUUUAUCUCUAAAGAGAAAUAGUGAUUUUUUUAAACUGUCGUUAAACAUACUAUGGAAAACGAGUCUGUAAAGUCUGAGCAUAGUGGUCGUUCACGUCGCUCAAGAAGUCAUAAUAAUAAUAGUUCAGGCGGCGGCGGCGGUGGUGGUGGUAACGGGGGAGGAGGAGGCGGUGGUGGUACCAUUAACAAUAGCUAUCAUCGAGACCGGACGAGGCACUCGCAUCGGAGUACCCAUUCCAAAUCAAGCAAACAGCCAAGGGAUAUGGCUCCAUUCCAAACAAGCGUCAACAUGACUGGAGACGAAAAUCGUGACGGACAGGAGAUUAUCGAAGUUCAAAUACUACCACAAGAUGAAAACUGGGGAGAAAACACAACCGCUGUUACUGGCAACACAUCCGAGCAAAGUAUUUCCAUGGAAGACAUUAACAGUACAUGGAAUAGAGAUAACGAAACUAGUUUAGGUUUUGCCUGCAAACGAUAUAUAGAAUCAGUGUUUUGUUUGAUUCUUGGUUUUGUAUCAUUUUUUUCCCCUGUGGCUAUGGUAAUGAUGCCGAAAUUGGGAUUUUUUCCCUCGGCUUUCGAUCAUCCCGAGCUAACGCAAACGGUAAAAACACAACUGCUAGCGUGCAGUAGCGAAUGUAAAGGUCUACUGGUAUCGCUUACAGCAAGACUCAUCCUAUUGGCGCUUGGUUUGUGGGCUUUAUUUUUGCGACGACCAAGUGCAACUAUGCCGAGAAUAUUUCUAUUUCGAGCCACCGUUCUGCUGCUAGUUACGGUGUCAACAUUCUCUUAUUGGCUUUUCUAUAUUGUGCAGGUAACAAAUGGAGCCAAGAUAGUCGUCGAGACGGGAGGCGAUGCUGUAGACUAUAAAUCGUUGGUGGCCUAUGCAACAAAUUUCGUCGACACUUUGAUAUUUAUUCAUUAUAUUGCUGUUGUUCUGCUUGAAUUGAGGCACACUCAACCUACGUAUUAUGUAAAAAUCAUUCGCUCACCGGACGGUGUAAGUCGGUCAUACACACUGGGCCAGCUAAGUAUACAGAGGGCUGCGGUUUGGGUACUCCAGCGGUACUAUGUUGACUUUCCCAUAUACAAUCCGUAUUUGGAGAGGAUUCCCAUAUCAAAAUCACAGCGAAACAAAAUAUCCACAAGUUUCAAAUACUAUGAGGUCGAUGGAGUUAGUACAGCGCAACAACAGAGCCAGAGCAGAGCGGUUUUAGCUGCGAAUGCCCGUCGUCGAGAUUCUUCGCACAACGAACGAUUCUACGAAGAACACGAAUACGAACGGCGAGUGAAGAAGAGACGUGCUCGCCUUAUUACCGCUGCAGAGGAAGCAUUCACUCACAUCAAACGUAUUCACAAUGAACCUGCGCCAGCCAUACCUCUCGAUCCCCACGAAGCGGCACAAGCCGUUUUCCCAUCAAUGGCUCGAGCCCUACAAAAAUACCUCCGAGUAACGCGACAACAACCCCGUCACACCUUCGAAAGUAUUCUAAAGCACUUGGCACACUGCCUAAAGCACGAUCUAUCACCCAGAGCAUUUCUGGAACCAUAUCUCACCGAAACGCCGGUUUUGCAAAGCGAAAAAGAACGUCGUUGGGUUCAAUCGUGGUCGCUUAUCUGCGAUGAGCUUCUAUCACGACCCAUAUCCAAUGAAUGCACAUUUCAGUUGAUUCAAAAUGAUGUCUCGCUGAUCGUGGCAAUUCAUAAAUUGCCUCAUUUUAACAUAUCUGAAGAAGUCGUUGAUCCAAAAAGUAACAAAUUUGUCUUAAAACUCAAUUCAGAGACAUCUGUAUGACAAAAUAGCAACCAAACAUCAUCCUCAUAUUUGCACAUUUUAGUAUAGGAAAAAUAAACAUUUUAUAGACUAAAACUUCUACAAAGAAGACACAACAUAUCAAUAUUAAGAAACCAACAUAAAAAAAACUUCGAAUAGUAUUCCUCAUCCAUUAUCCGUCAUCGCAUCCUUGUCUUGUGUCCCUUAAACCGAUGUCCUUAAACUAUAUACUUUAAAAGCAAUUAACUUUAAAAGCGAAGAAAAAUCUCGUUUCUUAAAACAUUAACCUAAUGCUUUACAUAUUUUUUUAUAGUACAUAAAUUAUAUAAAUGUAGUUUUUGUUUAUUUUUAAUUUAGGUUAGAACUCAUUAAAUACUAUUCCACUGUAGGCUUUAAGAUUAAUAAUAUUUUUAUUAUAUAUUUUUUUUUUU